AAGGAUGCAGAUCGCGCGCACACUUCGGGGGAUAUUUGUGGCUGCGAGCUGCAUUGUGGGACAGCGGAGGCCUAAAGAGACUGCAGCACUACUGAGUGUGUGACACACUUGUGUUUAUAGUUUUAUUUUCAUUUCAGUAAUAUUUAUAUCAGCGAGUGAUGGGGCAGGAGGAUCUGAUGCGCGCGGCGGAGGACGUCACGGAUCAGUUCUUGCGGGUAACGAAGCAUUAUCUGCCUCACCUGGCGCGUUUGUGUCUGAUCAGCACAUUUCUGGAGGACGGCAUUCGCAUGUGGUUCCAGUGGAACGAGCAGCGAGAUUACAUCGAAGUCACGUGGAGCUGCGGUUAUUUUCUCGCCACAUGCUUCGUGCUGCUCAACCUCAUAGGACAGAUCGGUGGAUGUGUCCUUGUUCUUAGUAGAAAUUUUGUGCAGUAUGCGUGCUUUGGGUUAUUUGGCAUUAUUGCACUACAGACUGUUGCCUACAGUAUUCUGUGGGAUAUAAAAUUUCUCAUGAGAAAUCUGGCUCUCGGUGGUGGUUUGCUUCUGCUGCUGGCGGAGUCACGCUCGGAGGGGAAGAGCAUGUUUGCGGGCGUGCCGUCUAUGGGCGAGAGUUCCCCUAAACAGUACAUGCAGCUGGGCGGUCGAGUUCUGCUGGUGUUGAUGUUCAUGACGCUGCUACACUUCGAUUCCAGCUUCUUCUCUAUUCUGCAGAACAUGGUAGGAACAGCCCUCAUCAUCCUGGUGGCCAUCGGCUUCAAGACCAAACUGGCGGCGCUCACCCUAGUGGUGUGGCUUCUCGCCAUCAACGUCUACUUCAACGCCUUCUGGACAGUGCCUGCGUACAAGCCCAUGCAUGACUUCCUGAAGUACGACUUCUUCCAGACCACAUCGGUCAUCGGCGGUUUGCUGCUUGUGGUCGCUCUCGGGCCGGGUGGCGUGUCUAUGGACGAGAAGAAGAAGGAGUGGUAAGACGACCGCUUCCUCCCUGAUUGUCGUCCGAAUCACUGCCCAGGACACAAGAACUUACACUUACUCAGCACAUCCAGAGUUACCCUGUUCUUGUACGUUUUUUUCCACUUCCUCUGUGUUUUUCAUGCACAAUGUUAAAUACUGGAGUUUUAUUUACGUAUUUAUAUAUCCCUAUGUUGCAGCGGUUAAGGAGAUUACAGCAAAAAUGUAAUAAACAGUCCAUGAGUUCAAGUUAAUUCUUUUUUUCUCUUUAUGGCAACAUAGAACAUGCAUCUUAACAGGGAUUCUAUUUCAAAGUGCUAUGGAAAGAUAUAGAUGCGUAAAUAUGUGAAAUGCAGCCAUGUCGUGCGUGGACUGAGCCGUUUGUGAUCGUGACAAAUGGACAAACGUCUUUUGCCGGUCAGGGACUGUGGUGGCACCUCUUUGGUACAUCAAACUCGGUGAGUUUUCCCUGGUUCUUCCUCCAAGACCUGUUCAUCAUCAUCUUUCUGGACCCUGUGUUUGGGUUCACAGUCAUUUGCCGUUCAAUUUGGCGAUGCUUUCUUCGAAAAAGCAUUUGAUGUAAUGGAGAGCCUAAUGUAAAAGACGGUUGUGUAGCGGAACCCUCAUUCAGACUUUGUUCUGUUCACGUCUCGGGCUCUAACUGGAGUUAGUCAUUUGUCUCAUAUCACGGCAGUUGACAGGGACGUUUAGCGUAAAUAAAUAACAUUUAAUUAUUGUACAAAUCUACACAGGCUGAAUAGAACAAGAGUUUCUAUUCCUCAACAUGAGUUAUUGUCUUGCUCAGUGUUUUUUGUUGAUUCCAAUAAUAAUAAAACAAUAACUUGAUAACUUUGUUUUAAGUUUAUAUGGUUUUUUUGAUUUUGUUUUCAGAUCAUGGAGGGAAAUAAAGAGCAAAACAAGUGAACAAAAUGUGUCGCAGCAUUGUAUCCCAGUAAGAUUCAUUCACUUUAUGGAAUGAAUCCUUUUGCACUUUCAAAGUUGCCACUGAAAUAUACAAAAAUAAAAUAUAAUCUGAAAAUAAAUAUUGCAGAAACUUUACAUCAUUUAUUUCAUUCAUGUUCUUCUGACAUCUAGUACUGACAUUUUUUAAUGUGUGUUUAGAACUAAUAUGUUUUUGAUGCCCUAACAGAAAGUUCUGUGGUACCAUGGUAGCUUUUAGAUAAUAAAAUGAUGGUUCUUUUUAGAUGCACUGAAUAACUGCCAUGUUAUUUACAGCUGAAGUCAGAAGUUUACAUACACCUUCGCCAAAUACAUUUAUACUCAGUUUUUCACAAUUCCUGACAUUUAAUCGUAGAAAACAUUCCCUGUCUUAGGUCAGUUAGGAUCACUACUUUAUUUUAAGAAUGUGAAAUGUCAGAAUAAUAGUAGAGAGAAUGAUUUAUUUCAGCUUUUAUUUCUUUCAUCACAUUCCCAAUCGGUCAGAAGUGUACAUACACUUUGUUAGUAUUUAGUAGCAUUGUCUUUAAAUUGUUUAACUUGGGUCAAACGUUUUGGGUAUCCUUCCACAAGCUUCUCACAAUAAGUUGCUGGAAUUUUGUCCCAUUCCUCCAGACAGAACUGGUGUAACUGAGUCAGGUUUGUAGACCUCCUUGCUCACACACACUUUUUCAGUUCUGCCCACAAAUUUUCUAUCAGAUUGAGGUCAGGGCUUUGUGAUGGCCACUCCAAUACCUUGACUUUGUUGUCCUUAAGCCAUUUUGCCACAACUUUGGAGGUAUGCUUGGGGUCAUUGUCCAUUUGAAAGACCCAUUUGUGACCGAGCUUUAACUUCCUGGCUGAUGUCUUGAUAUGUUGCUUCAAUAUAUCCACAUAAUUUUCCUUCCUCAUGAUGCCAUCUAUUUUGUGAAGUGCACCAGUCCCUCCUGCAGCAAAGCACCCCCACAGCAUGAUGCUGCCACCCCCAUGCUUCACGGUUGGGAUGGUGUUCUUCAGCUUGCAAGCCUCACCCUUUUUCCUCCAAACAUAACGAUGGUCAUUAUGGCCAAACAGUUCAAUGUUUGUUUCAUCAGACCAGAGGACAUUUCUCCAAAAGUAAGAUCUUUGACCCCAUGUGCACUUGCAAACUGUAGACUAGAUUUUUUAUGGCGGUUUUGGAGCAGUGGCUUCUUCCUUGCUGAGCAGCCUUUCAGGUUAUGUCGAUAUAGGACUCGUUUUACUGUAGAUAUAGAUACUUGUCUACCUGUUUCCUCCAGCAUCUUCACAAGGUCCUUUGCUGUUGUUCUGGGAUUGAUUUGCACUUUUUGCACCAAACUACAUUCAUCUCUAGGAGACAGAAUGCGUCUCCUUCCUGAGCGGUAUGAUGGCUGCAUGGUCCCAUGGUGUUUAUACUUGUGUACUAUUGUUUGUACAGAUGAGGUGUUUGGAAAUUGCUUCCAAGGAUGAACCAGACUUGUGGCGUUCCACAUUUUUUUUUCUGAGGUCUUGGCUGAUUUCUUUUGAUUUUCCCAUGAUGUCAAGCAAAGAGGCACUGAGUUUGAAGGUAGGCCUUAAAAUAUAUCCACAGGUACACCUCCAGUUCAGUACAACCCCUAUCAGAAGCUAAUUGUCUAAAGUGUUGACAUCAUUUUCUGGAAUUUUCCAAGCUGCUUAAAGGCACAGUUAACUUGGUGUAUGUAAACUUCUGAUCCACUGGAAUUGUGAUAUAGUCAAUUAAAUGUGAAGCAAUCGGUCUGUAAACAAUUAUUGGAAAAAUGACUCAUGUCAUGCACAAAGUAGAUGUCCUAAACGACUUGCCAAAACUAUAGUUUGCUCAUAUGAAAUCCGUAGAGUGGUUAAAAAAUUAGUUUUAAUGACUUCAACCCAAGUGCAUGUAAACUUCUGACUUCAACUGUACAUGAUUAAUGUCCCAAAACAUGGUAAUGCAUGGUACUUUUUGGUACUUUUUUGUUAUGUUAAGGUUCCCAUGAUCAUGAAAAAUGUUGUAAUCAGGGGGUUUUCCAAUUUAGUUUUCCAGGCCUGGGAAAGACAAUUUUAAACUUCACUGAAAGCCCAUUGACAUUUCUAUAAUUAUUAAUAAAAAAAAAAUGUUUCAAG